AUGGCUACCCGACAUCAAAUAUUAAGUGACUGUGAAAUUCAAGAAAUUUUGGCUGAUUCUGCUUCUGAAAGCGAGGCUGAAAUUGAAGGUGACGGUGAAGAAGAAGAUAAUUAUGAGGAUAUGGAAGUAGAUGAACCUGAAGAAACUUCUAUCAAUUUUUCUGCGAGUAAUCGUCGAACAACACGAAAUCAAAAUGUGCCGUCUCCAGUAUGGUCUACUGGCAAUUUCAGGCCUCAUUUGUUCCAUUUUGAUUCAAGCGAAUCUGGUUUGACACAGUAUUUGAUGAAUCAUCAGCUUCAGGUUUCACUAGAUUUUUUUUCAGUUCUAUUUUGA